AUGGUGGAUCAGUUAGAACAUUUACAAAUACGACAGGAGGACAAUCCUGUCCCGGUGUGGUUACGGACGUUACUCAUUCUCGUAAUCUCGGUGUUGAUUAUAUUGUCGAACAUCUUAAACAUCGCCAUUUUACGUAAAAUCAAGGGUCUCCCGACCAUAGCGAGGAUGUGUAUGAUCAACCUCGGGGUGGCCGAUAUCACGGUUGGAUUAAUCACGUGUGUUCCUUCUUUCGUGCCAGCCAUCACCAACAGCUGGCCGUACGGCGACAUCUGGUGUCAGGUGUCCGGCGUAGUGCACGGCACGUCGGUCACAGUGUCCAUAUGGACGCUGGCCAUCAUCAGCGUCGACAGAUACAUGGCGUUGGUGAAGCCGUUCAGGUACCCGUCCGUGAUCACGUCCCGCAAGAUCUACGUCGUGUUCGGAAUGGCGUGGUUUCUGGCAGCCAUCACGUUCAUGGCCCCCAUUCCCACCGAGGACAACUUCAUCUACUACCACUUCAGCCGCGUGGAGAUGCUGUGUGGCUUGUACUGGCAGUACCCGAUAUUUUGUAUCAUCACCGCGGCCGGCAUCCCCAUCGCCUCCGGGUCCGUGAUCCUCUUUACGACCAUCAGCAUCAGUCUCACCGUCCGCAAAGACAACCACUUUCUGACGUGCUCCAGAAAGGAUUUCAUCAGAGCCAGGAAAAGAAUUCGAGAUUUAAAAUCUGUGAGGAUUCUAAUAACCACAGCUUCGGCUUUCUUUGUGUUUUGGGGUCCAUACGUGACCAAUGUUGUCAUCUAUUCUUUCGACAGAAAGAUCCAUGCCCCCGCUGUGGCAGAGUUUGCCUUUAUCUGGAUGGCCAACAGUAACAGCUUCAUUAAUGUGCUCAUUUAUUCGUUUAUUUACAAGAAGUUCCGCCUAGAGAUCAGAAACAUAUUCAGACAUAUUUUGAAAUUCUGCAAGAUAGUCACAGCUGGCUACAAACAUUCUGAAGCUGUUUCAGACGUCUUUGAGCUGGACAUGUUAAACUCAUCACAAAUAUAA